AUGGAAGUCGUCCAGUCUAUUAGGAAGGACCUUGGGCUUGAUUCUCCGAAUCCAACAGAGCUCGAAAGAAUGCUUGGUCGCGCUCUCGAGCACUUGGCCGAUCAACUCUACCGAACCGACACGCACUUCGUCCUCGAAUUUGUCCAAAAUGCUGAGGACAACGCUUAUCUUUCAGACGUGACACCCACUCUCUCCCUUCGCAUUGAGGACUACACCAUGACGAUCAGUUGCAACGAACGCGGCUUUGAUGAGAGCAAUGUACGGGCCCUCUGCAAUAUAGGCACUAGCACGAAGAAACAUCUGCAGGGCUUCAUUGGUGAGAAAGGAAUCGGGUUCAAGUCGGUCUUCAAGGUCGCAAAUGUUGUUCGUGUAACGUCAGGAGACUUUCGCUUUAAAUUCGACAGAGACCAAAGGCUUGGUAUGAUUGCCCCAAUAUGGGAAGACGAUAUCCUGCCUGUUUACCCCGGCUGGACCGAGUUUCACCUGGAAUUGACGAGUCUACCAGGACAGACGUCAAUAACCCCUGGGACGGCAUUGAGCUCCAAACUGGAACAGAUCAGAGCCUCGCUCUUACUCUUCCUCAAAAAGUUACGAUGUAUCGAAGUCUCCUUUGCGCUAAACGACCCAGAAGAUCCGCGUAUUAUCACACUUUUCCGUCAUGAUGUUGGUCCUGACAUCGUCAAGCUCACUCAUUGCGAACACGAUCGCCCAAUACGGAGCGAUUUCUACCUAAUGAUCAGUUUUUCCGCCGACAUGUCAGCUAUAGAAGAGCCGAAGCGGCAGGGUGUGAAUGACAGCGAAAUUGUCCUCGCCUUUCCUGUCACCGAGGACAUUCAGCCCGUCUUUUCUCCUCAGGAUGUUCACGUCUUCCUACCCCUAAGACCGGUUGGCUUCAAUUUCGUUAUUCAAGCCGACUUCUUGACCUCCUCAAGCAGAGAAGAUAUCCUUGCAGACAGUUAUUGGAACAAGACCCUUCUGUAUGGCGUUGUCGAUGCUUUCAUACAGGCAAUAGACCGUUUUCAAUAUGAACUCGAGUUGCGCGAUACCUGGUUCGGCUACCUACCAAAUAUCGUAUACGACCCCUUCUUCAGUGAAGUCCAGUAUCACCUGUUCUACGCCCUUUGGGGCCUCCCUAUCAUCCGCGAUGCCGAUGGAGUAUACCGCAGACCUCAAGAAAUCAUUAUUACGCCUCCCAGGUUCCGGGACAAGAACGAAAACGAACUCCCUCUUAUCCCCAGCCACCAUCUUCCACCACGAUACCACUUCAUAUCACCGGAUUACGAUCUUUCCAAACCAAGUUUGGAGCUCUCGUUCAAGCAACUUUUGGUGCAGGAAAUGGACGACGAUAUCUUCCUUGAAUGCCUCGGGAUUAUGAGUACAAGAGGCGCCUUUCCUAAUCAGUCAGAAGAAUGGCACGAGGCGGUAUGCGACUUGCUGUACCGCAUUCCGAGGACUCGCGGAAUGUAUUUCCACCCCUUGAUCUUGAACUUGAACAUCCUUCCUCUGGCGAAUGAGGCUUGGGUCCGCGCUACCACAGCACCGGAGCUGGUAUUCGACCUCGAGUUCAGCGGCGUUCCAGAUGAUAUCAACCUUCGCCGUAUCUCGCGCCAGGUGCAACCGUCCUCCUCUCGAUAUCAGCUUUUCUCUGCGCUAGGAGUCAAGCCCGCGGAUCCGCAACUCAUUGCACGAAAGAUCCUUCAGGGUAGCACCAGCAAUCGACCCCAACUCCUUGUCCAGCGAGCUCGAUUUUUCUUUGACUAUCGCGAUCCUUCUUACUCGCUCCCGAAGCCUUCCGGCUUAAGCGUUAUAUCCGACUACUCCUUGCGUCUAUAUCAAGGCCAAAAUAUAUAUCUAGAUUUACCCCAGGACGGAGGAAGACUUCGCGAGUUUUUGCCCGCGGCCACUCCAUUCCUACACUCACUGUAUCUUCAGCAGUACGAAGGCGACGAACAGCAGAGGUGGUUCACCUGGCUACAGGAUGCGCUUGCGGUCAAUACUGCCCCGCGCCUCGUUUCUGGUUCGCUCCCAGACGACUUCCUCCACUCUAUUCAGAACACCCCCGCGGACAGAUUUCUGUUGGGGCUACAGUACUUCUGGCCACGAUUCAAGGACCAUAUUUCCGACAAUGGUCUUCGCCAAAUAUCACAGGCCAUCCUCACACUCGGAGACAAGUCGACUCACCGCCUUGAUAUGACCUUUGUUAGACGCACAGUAUUCUCCCGCCUUCCCACCCCGGUAAAAUUCACCCUCCCCUUCCUUCCGAUCGCCGAUCCCGACUCCGAAGGUUGGGACUUCCUUCGCUUGUUCGGCGUAGUCCUCGAAGUGAACACGAAUUAUUUCCUCAAACUCCUCAUGUGGUACCAGAAAGCGGAUUGUCGUGACCAGCACGCUGUAUCCACUAUAUAUCAGCAGCUAUCUUCGCGUUUUGACGAGAACCCUGAACUGAUACGCGAUACUUUCAAGGAAUAUCCUCUGAUAUUGGAGCCUGGUGAAGGGGUAUUAGGAAAGCACUGGUUCACACGUAUGGAAGCGUACUGGGAUGGGCCUCCGACCAUGGUGACCAAAUUCGCUGUUCGCCGUGCCUACGAUUCAUCGUUCCGGGAAUUCUUCUUCGGCAAGCUCGAAGUGCGCAAUGCGCCUUACACCACUCUCCUAGACGAAUUGAAGGCGCUCGUACAGCAGUGGAGGGGCCGUGUCCUCACGAGCGAAGUCCACGAGAGAGUAUCCGACAUGCUCGCGGACCUAUGGGACCUUAUUUACGAUGAACGUGUAGACGUUGAAGACAUACGGCGCUUGGCGGGUGACACAAUUUUCCCUGUCAAAUCCAGGCGGAACGAUGUCCUCUUGAUGUCUCUGAAAGAUUUCUACGUUCCUGACAGGGACGAGCGGCUUGCCAGACUCUUCGCUGGUCGCAUUCCACUUCUCUGUGUCGGUACGAGCCGCCGCGCGACAGUGUUCCCAAAGCUGUUCAACUCACCGGCAUUGAAACCUCAUGUUCAAUACUUGGAGUCCGCCGUGAUACAUCAACAUGAACACCAUGGCACGCGACGGUACGACCCUGUGUUGACCGCGAGAUAUGUUCGAAGACUCGAGUUUAUUGAGAGGUUGUUAUAUCACCGUUCUACGAAGCCAUCCGCGAAGCAAAUCAGCUCGCUUGAGAAAAUACAGAACAUGACGAUCCAUAGAGUGGACAAGAUCAUCUCAAAGCUCACUAUUGAAGACGUGACAAUAACCACAAGGGAUGCGGUAUCCGUCAUGGACGACUCGUCCCAAAUUGACAUCCUUGUCAGCAACGAGAACCUCCCAAAUACACCUGGCAGCGAAGAAGACGUGCACAUGAAGAUUUGCGGUCGUCUUAGUAGCCUCCUCGAAAUAGAGGUGGGACGUUUGUUCCAGGCCGUAAUAACUCCGGAAGCUGGCACCCUUUUUAUGUUGUACAAUUUUGAGGGCAUUGCUGAACUUGAUCACGCUAGCUUGUUCCAAAAACGAGGAUGGCUUGACGACUCCUUGGAAGGCGACAACAACGAAGUAUUGUCUGCACCACUACAACCCCGUCCCGCAGCAUCUCCUGCCACACCACCUCCUGCCACACCAUCUCCUUCCACGCCAUCUCCUUCCACGCCAUCUCCUUCCACGCCACCUCCUGUCACGCCUCAUCCCACCUCACAGGAGUCCGAGCCCAAGCCGACAGGUCGAUCAGUAGUGGACAACAGGACACAACCAACAAGAAAAUCCCCGGAUCAAUCAGGCAACCUGCGAGAGCAGGUCGCGCGAAGGGCGCCUGAGUUCAAACCGACAGGAUUCUCAGCAAUGGCAGAGAACGAGCCACAACCAAUAAGAAAUGCCCACGAUCAAACAGGCAUGCUUCGAGAGCAGGUCGCGCGAACAGCGGGAAGUCUUACGACCUUCAGCUUUGGCAUGGACGACUCUGCCAUGCGCCAAACCCCAGUUGUUUUCCAUCCUCAGUCCGUUCAGGAUCUCCUUCGCCAGGCACCAUCUCUCAAUAUGGACCUUGUCUCUGACAUCUCGCCGCGACUGUCAAAUGGACCCGACUCUACCAUCUUGGACCGUGUACAACGGUUUAAUGCCAUCCUAGGCGAGCGCUUUGUCUACUCAAUGCUGUCAGAUAUGUUACGUGAUAGCUUUGGCCCCGAGAAUUGGACUAGUGAGGCUCGAGGUGUUGUGGGCGGCUUUUCCCCAUUCGAGGGAGACAGCCUCGGCGACUUCACGUACCACGACUUUGAUGGAACCCUGACGAAGAUUUGGUGUCAUUCGGAAGCAUGGGUUGGAAGUGGACGACCAACAUAUCACAUAGAAGUCAAAUCAACUGCAGGCACUGCUCAAGAGCCCUUCCAAAUGAGCAGGCAUCAACUUGACAUUGCAUCCAACCUUGCAGCGCGCGAGGGUACCCGUGAGGUGCCGACAGAUGUGUACGUUCUCAUUCGUGUGUGGGGUGUACGCAACCCGACAUCGAUGUCUUAUGCUGUCUAUGUGGACCCUUUCAAAAGAAUUUGGGACGGAGGGCUGAAGCUUGUAUCCGAUAGUGUCGAUCUCAUGACUAGCGGUUUAUACUCUUGA